CUUCACUCCUCCUCCUCCGCCAAUCUCUGCAACUGCGAUCGCCACCGUCAGUCUCUCCCUCCUCCUCCGUCUCACAAAGCAAUGCCGCCAUCGAAACCCCCGCAGCUCAGUACCCUCCUCCUUUUUCGCUGCCUGUCUUCUUCUCCUUCUCAUUCCUCCCGCGCUCAAUGCCGCCUCCUCCUCCUCCACUCGCCUCCCUCAUUUCCUCCGCGCGUCUCGCCGACAUACUUUCCCCGGUUCCCUCACUUCUCUGGUUUCUCGUUGCGCCGGGAAUUUUCAUCUGCCGCGGACACUGUCGAUCGAAGCGGAGAUCGUGAUCGGGAUCGCGAUGUGGUCGCUCAGUCUAUCUCCGCGGAGCUCGCGGAGGAGGCGGAUCCGGACGCGCUCUCCGUUGUCCAGCGUCUCGCUCUCAACUCCUCUCACGUGACGCCGGACCCUGGCCUGGUCCUCUCGACGCUUAAUCUGUCUGCGGACGCCGGCCGUACUGUGCUGGGGUUUUACCAGUGGCUGGCUCAAAACCCUGAUUUUACUCAUACGGAUGAGACGCUGUCGAUGUUUGUGGAUUACUUUGGGCGACGCAAGGAUUUCAAGGCAAUUGACGAGAUAUUGAGCGAUGCCAAGGAUGUAGCAAGUUCUAAAACCCUGGAAUCUGUUAUUGAUAGGUUGGUUCGGGCAGGGCGGCCUGUUCAAGCAGUCGGGUUCUUUGAGAGGAUGGAGAGGGAUUAUGGGCUCAAACGCAACAAGGAAUCGAUGGAAAUGGUAGUGGAGAAGCUGUGUGAAAAGGGUUAUGCGAAUUGUGCCGAGAAGAUGGUUAAGAACUUGGCUCAUGAAUUUUUCCCAGACGAGCAUUUUUGUGAUUUGCUGAUUAAGGGGUGGUGCGUCGACGGGAAGUUGGAGGAGGCCAAUAGACUGGCAAGAGAGAUGUACAGGGGAGGCUUUGAGAUUGGUACAAGGGGUUAUAAUGCUCUUCUCGAUUGCGUUUGUAAGCUUUGUCGUAAAAAGGACCCAUUUCGGCUAAGUUCUGAGGCAGAACACAUUUUGGUUGAUAUGGAUUAUUAUGGGGUUCCCAGAAAUGUCGAGACUUUCAAUGUGUUGAUUGGGAAUCUGUGUAAAAUUAGGAAAACUGAGGAUGCGAUGAAGUUGUUUCAUAGAAUGGGAGAAUGGGGCUGCUGUCCCAACGAAGAAACGUUCCUUGUGUUAACCAAGAGCUUGUAUCAGGCAGCAAGAGUGGGAGAAGGAGAUGAGAUGAUUGAUAGGAUGAAAUCUGCAGGGUACGCCUUGGAUAAGAAGGCAUACUAUGACUUUUUGAAGAUUUUAUGUGGGAUUGAGAGGAUUGAUCAUGCUUUGAGUGUUUUUAAAAAGAUGAAGUCCGAUGGCUGUGAGCCAAGUAUUAAGACAUAUGACUUAUUGAUGGGAAAAUUGUGUGCCCAUAAUCGUCUUGACAAAGCUAAUGCACUCUACAACGAAGCAUUGAGAAGAGGAGUGCCUGUGGAACCUAAGGCCUAUAGGUUAGAUCCCAGAUACAUGAAGAUAACCAAGGCCGAGAAGAAAGAGAAAAAGCGAGAGACGUUGCCUGAGAAAAUGGCUAGAAAAAGGAGACGCCUUAAGCAGAUUCGUCUAAGUUUCGUUAAGAAGCCGAAACGAAUGAUGCGAGGAUACUGAUCCACUUGAAGCCUUGUACCCUGCAUAAUUGGAUUGAAGUGUGGCAAGGCAACUUGAGGUUCUUUCUUGUACUUCACAUGUAUCUGGAGUCAUGUUCAAAGAUUUUGCGCCGCCUUGGUGUUGAGCAGGGGAAGGAUCGAAAAUGUACUUGCUAUAGGGUUCUUCAGGUUUGGUAGUAAUGGUUUGCUGGAUCAUGUCGAUUUUCUGUUUGAAUUUACAAAUGGCAACAGUGGAAAGAGCCAGAGUAGUUUUAUCUCUGCCAAUUUUGCUUCUGGAUCUUCCUUCCCGUUAGCGAAUUCACUUUCCUAGGUUUCUAUUUCUUUAUAUGCAAUGGAUGUCAGAUAAAUCUGCUGUUCACUAAACAAAUGCCAGAUUUUUCUCAAUGGGAACGCGGGCUUAUACUGAACAGAGAACAGUAUCGCAUAUAACGGAACUCGUCUUUCUCUACUUGUAACCUAUGUUUGGCUUGAGGAUUCUCUGAUCCUUGCGAGUGAUGAUCUAAUAUUGCUCUCCUGGGAUUGAGAAUGCAUUUUU